UCCUCCUCCUCCUCUCCCCUCAACGCGAUCAAUAUAACAUCUUUUCCCACGCAUCACGUCUCCCUUCCCACUCAUGUGUCCCACUCGCUACUCCUCCGCAUUGCUGCGGAAAUCGCUUCCGCUACCAAUGCCCCCACCGCCGCAGCGGAGAUGUUUCACACGGUCCGUGGUCGUGGGAGCGGACUCGUGUGGUGAAGGAGCUGAUAUUGCAGCUAGCGGCGUCGUCAGCGAUCGUCAGCUUGAACGCAAUGCGCCGGCCAUGUCUGCGCUCGGCGGCUUGAACAGAUCAUUCACACAUGCCCGAAGAUACCCCGUCAUCUCCCAAUCAUACAUAGAGAGCCCACAAGACUUUGGCUCAGUCGAUAGACAAACGUAAUGACAAUCUUUAUCUGACCAUUCCAGAGCUUGAAGUUCAGCAUACCCGAGAUCUGCAUUUGAUACACGUCCACCGGGACGGCAACGACCAUCAUGCCCGCCAUGCUCGAUGAUCCCACGGCGCCCGCCAUCUAUCGUACUUCUGGCCAGAUGCCGUUUCCCGAUCCCUAUGGACCGGUCCCAUCAGAGAUCACGCCGCGACAGGUCACUCUGCGAGAUCGUGUCACCACGGCCACCCUCGUGCCUUUCUCCUCUCCACAUCAAGUCCCGCCUCAUCUGACCGCGUAUCUCUGCGAGUUGCUCAACCGCGAGAUCGAAAAAGGCGAUACAUAUCCCAUGAUCGACCCUAUGGCACUCUCUUCGUUCGGAACAUAUUGGUUCGCAAACUUUGGCGCCGUCAUGGUCGUAGGCGACAUUCAGAGCGCAGACGAGGUCGCACAGAUGGAAGAGGGAGGCGCGGAUUGGUCGAAAGAAUGUCUGGGGAGUUUCUACAUCAAGCCAAAUUACCCUGGCAGGAGCAGUCAUGUGUGUAAUGGUGGAUUCCUGGUCACCGACGCUGCCCGAAAUCGAGGCGUGGGUCGUCUGAUGGGUGAAGGAUAUCUGGAAUGGGCGCCAAAGUUGGGUUACACGUAUUCGGUGUUCAAUCUGGUAUAUGAGACGAAUGUGGCUUCACUACGGAUUUGGGAUGCUCUUGGGUUCAAGCGAAUUGGACGCGUGAAGGGUUGCGGCAACCUCAAGAGCUUUCCGGAUCAAUUCAUCGAUGCCAUCAUCUUCGGCAGAGAAUUGGGUGGUGAUGGCGAUGAUUAUGUCACCGAGGAGCGUUUCGACAAGAUCCGUUUCUACCUAAAACAUGGCACAUAUCCGAACGGAUCAGAUCGUGCUGAAAAGUCGCGAUUGCGUUCAGCAGCCACACAUUACCGGCUGAUACCCAACACCAGCGGUGACGGCGGAGAGGAAGAGAAGCUCAUGUUGAAAGGCAAAGAAGUCAUCUCAGAUCCGCACAAGCAAUACGAGAUUGCUCGAAACAUGCAUGCGGCCGCUCAUGGUGGUAUCAACAAAACGACAGCCAGCAUUGCAGAAAAGUAUCAUUGGGUGCGCAUCAAAGAGACGGUCUCGACGGCGAUUCGAAAUUGCGUCGAAUGCAAAGAGACGGCUCCAAAGCCUGCAGAGACCACCACCUCUUCUAACUCCAAGUCCCGAAAGAGUCAGGCAGCUUCGACGUCUACUCCGGCUCGUGCAACGCGUUCAACUGUCAACACUGGUCUGAUUGACCCCAAUGAUGUUGUCACAGGGAGCAGUAAUCCUCUCGUAGUGGCUCAACAAGCACAGCAGCAAUCACAUCAACAACAACAACCGCCGCCGCCGCCGCAGCAACAGCAACAACCUCAACAUCAGAUUUCACCACCUCAGCAGAAUAUACCGACCGCACCCAUGAUGGACAUGCAGCAUUUCGCCGACGUCUCCUCCGUACGGCCUGAAGACUAUGGUGACAUGCCUGUUGAUCCUCAACUUAUGCAAGAUCCUCAUCACCAUGCUGCAGCUGCAGCCGCCGCCGCUGCCGCUGCACAGUGGUUUGAGAAUGCAUCUCCUACCAAUAUAGAUCAACUUACUCGUGCGACGCACGCCAUCAAUCAGAUGAUGCAAGACGUACAGAAUCAACAACAGCAACAACAACACCAUCAGAUGAAUCAACAACAGCACAGUCGUUCUCCGAAUGAUGACCACGCCGCCGCCCUUCGCGACCAGCUCCUCUCCUCCUCACACAUGACCUCUUCCAACCACGACCUGAAUAUGGUCUACCACCAUCAACAGCAACAACAACAACAACAGCAGCAGCAGCAGCAGCCUUCCCAUCACCUGUCCCACCACUCGCAUCCCAUCUCUCAUCAACAGCUGCAGCAGCAUCAACAACAUCCCCACCAACAACCACAAUCCCAACAGCAACAACAAUCUUCACAGCGCCAAACCUCCCAACAACAACACCAACAACAACUCCCUGACCCGCUCGAUACCGACAUGGACGACCCUAUCGUCGAUGUCGAUGUCGUCGACGUUGAUCUCGACGAUCCGGAUCUCGACAACAAGACCUUCGAUCCGGCGACGGGGGUUGUUUCCGUGGUCGGCGGCGGCGGCGUCCGCGGUGGAUUACAAGCCGAUCUUGUCGGGGGGUCAGGCGACGGGAUGAGGCAUUGAGCAUUCAGACGGAGGGUUUUGUCAAAUCAAGCGAGGUGAAAUGAGGAUUGAAUUUUGUACCGGGGUCAGGAGCGAAGGGUUGUCGAAAAUUUCGAUCGGCCUAAACGUAAUUACAGUCGGUGAUGGAAAGUAGUAUUUAUGUAUGUCCUAGCCAUUACGAUUGCUGUUGUCUAGGUUUCCAAGAUCAAGCUGAGGAGAGGAAACUUGGCUUAGAAAGGAUCAAAGGGCAAAUUAGCGAAUGAAUGAAUCCCUACCUAGGUAUGUGCUGUCGGUCAGAGUGACAAUGAAAGGAUCUCUCUCCCAUCUCGGAUCGGCGGGAUCCAUAUUAUUACUCUGAGACCUGAGAGUAAUGAUUCAAGAAGGCAGCAAUAGUACGGUAUUAUUUCG